CAGCAGUAGCGGUGUGUCCUGACAGUUAGCUUUAGCAGGUAAACAAAAAGCACAAAAACCGGCGUAUUCCGUCGAUUUAACCGAGUCUAAGGUGGAUCAGUGUUCCGGAACCGAUAGGCCGAGUUCCUCCCGCCUCGUGACACCGAAAAGAUGAAAGGUGCAGUUUCUGACUGUUACCAGCUGUUGUGUCAGGUUUAGGUGCAUCAGAGGUUUCAUGGACUCUUCAGAAAAGAAACAAAGCAAACCUAGGAAAACCCCCCAAACUUCUCAGGGGAACGACGCAGGUCUCUUGGCUCCAGCAAAAUCUGAAAAAACACACACUUGUACCCACUGUGGCAAGGUUUUCACCCGGGUGGGUGGGCUGAGAACACACCAGCAAAUCCACACUGGAGAGAAACUGUACAGCUGUGACCAGUGUGGGAAGGCUUUCACCACCUCAAGUCUCUUUAGAAAACACCAACUUAUUCACACUGGCAAAAAACCAUACAGCUGUACCUACUGCGGCAAGGUUUUCAUUGAUGCAGGUGACUGUAAAACACAUGAACGCAUCCACACUGGAGAGAAACCACACAGCUGUAACCAUUGUGAGAAAACUUUCACUACAGCAAGUCAAUGCAAAUCACACGAACGCAUUCACACUGGUGAGAAACCCUAUAGAUGUGAGCUGUGUGGGAAAACUUUCAGCCAGCUUGGACACUUCAGAUUACAUCAACAAAUCCACAAAGGAGAGAAACUUAAUCGCUGUGACCAAUGUGGCAAGGUUUUCACCCAAAGAGGUGAUCUCACAAUACACCAACGCAUCCACACUGGAGAGAAACCGUACAGUUGUGACCAGUGUGGGAAAUCUUUUAGUCAAGCAGGCAUACUUAGACGACACCAACGUGGCCACACAGGAGACAAACCCUACAGGUGUGACCAGUGUGGGAAGGCCUACACCCAAAUAUACUACCUCAGAACACACCAACGUGUCCAUACUGGAGAGAGACCAUACAAUUGUGAUGAGUGUGGAAUGGCCUUCAGAUCUGCAUCCUGCUUACGUGAUCAUCAUCUUAGACACACCAAGGAGGUUGUGAUCCCAUGUGGCAUGUGUGGGAAGAUAUUUUGGUCAUCCUCAACAAUGCGCAUUCACCAGCGUAUGCACACUGGAGAGAAACCUUACCAGUGCAGAGUCUGUGGGAAGUCUUUUGCUAGAUCAUCCGUGCGAACUAAACAUGAACGUAUUCACAAAGGAGUUGAAGCAAGCAGCUCUGAAAUGGCUGCCCAAAGUCCUCACAGUCCAAGACAUGAUCUGCAAGACACCUCACCGCCCAUAACAGAUUUGGAACUGUCUGUAGACGACUCCACCUCUUCAGACCCAAAGACUGGCUACAUACACUCAGACUAUGUGAUGGUAACAGUAUAAAAGCAUCAGUACUCUGAAAUGGAAGGAGAACGCUGUGAAACAGUCCUAAAGUGAAGCUGAAAAUUGUUACUUGUGCAACUGUAUUGUAAAUAUCUAGAUAAUAUUUAAUUCUAAAUUUAUGUAAAUAGCAUAAACAGCAUUUUUUUUCCUCCACUUUAUCUUUCAUGUUUCACUCUUGUAUGAUUUCUGCCUGUGUUCACUGCACUUGCUUCUUGUAUUUUGCUGCUGUUAACUGUGA